GGCCUGACAGCGCACACCUCUCCCAGCUCAGAGAGCAGAGCGGCCGCAGGAGGACAGAACGGGACGCUGUAAACAGCUGAUCCAGACCUGGAGAACUUUCUGGACUCGGUUUUUAUCAUUUGAGGACAGAGUUGAGAGGCUGGCUCGAUGCAGGCUCUCUGCUGCUGACUCUUGAGUGUUGUUGAUAAUCCAGAGGCUGGUUUUCUAGAAGCAGCUGGUAAGCGUCCCUGAUUCUUUGCUUUUCCUGCGACUUUAUGUCCACAAAGAUGGAGCAGCCUUUUUAUCAUGACGACUCUUUUCUGUCGGCUUACGGCCACUCAGACGCAGCCAUGCACGACUACAAACUGCUAAAGCAGAACAUGAAUUUGAACUCGACAGAGCCCUAUCGCAACCUGAAGUGCCAGCUGAGAGCCGAGGCGGACCCGUACCAGGGCGCGCAACAGGACGUGGGCUCCCUGAAGCUGGCCUCGCCGGAGCUGGAGCGGCUCAUCAUCCAGAACGGCAACGGGGUGAUCACCACUCCCACCCCGGGCCAGUACUUCUACAACCGGGGCAUCACCGACGAGCAGGAGGGCUUCGCGGAGGGCUUCGUGAAGGCGCUGGACGAGCUCCACAAGAUGAACCAGAUGCCCCCUCCCAACGUGUCCAUCGGUGCCGGUGGAGUUACGUGUUCGGCGGCGGGCCCUGGCAUCUUUGGGUCCGCCUUGCAGCCGGAGGCUCCCAUCUACACGACGCUGAACGCAUACUGCCCCAACACCAGCCUCUCCUCUGCACCCAGCAACCCCAGCGCCACCAUCAGCUACCUGCCGCCCCACCAGCAGAGCCACACGCAGACCUCAGCGCACGGCGCGCACCACUUUCAGCCAUCGCUCUCCGGCUACGGGAUCAACCCGCAGCGACUCGUCGCCAUGAAGGAAGAGCCGCAGAUCGUGCCCGACCUGCUCAGCAGCGACGGCUCGCCUCCGAUGUCCCCGAUCGACCUGGAGACGCAGGAGCGAAUCAAGGCGGAGCGCAAGCGGCUGAGGAACCGGCUGGCGGCGACCAAGUGCCGGAAGCGCAAGCUGGAGCGCAUCGCCCGGUUGGAGGAGAAGGUGAAAGUCCUGAAGAACGACAACGCGGGGCUGUCCAGCACAGCGUCCGUGCUGCGGGAUCAGGUGGCGCAGCUCAAGCAGAAGGUCCUGACGCACGUGAGCAGCGGCUGUCAGCUGAUGCUCACCAGCAAGAUCGAAGCGUUUUAAGAGACUGAGCUGCUAAAGUGACUGAAAAGUAGAAACACUGGAGCCGUGCGCUGCACGCGCAGCACCGGAACACCGGUCGGGAGUGUCGGCACCACAGAGGCGAUCUCUGCAGACUGUUUAGGGCACAAAGACUGAAUGAAAUGGUACUUCCGGUUGCUGGUCACCGCUCGGACCAUUCAACACAGAAUCCAGGGCAGCGUUCAGGCUGAGCCGAGCAGCAGCGGCGCGAGGCCGCCCGGGGAGUGAAUAUUGUUGUUUUUAUUUGCAGAAGCUGCGAUUAUUCGUGUGUAAAUUAUUUAGUUUGUCCGGUUGAUCCAGACAAACGGAUGUCCAAUGUUUACAUUGUCCUUCUUUUUUAUUUGUGACGUAUUUAAGUAAAGUGUCUUUAAAUGAAAA